GGUGGAGGCGGCGGUGGCGGUGGAGGUGGAGGAGGAGGCACCAAAAACAUCGCCUACACGGAUCAAGAGUGCUAUGCCGCCUUCCUAAACCCCUUGUGGAGUAUGGGCAACGAGACGGAAGGGUAUACUGGGGGCCCAAAAGCUGGGGACUCUUAUUGGUAUUGGAUAUGGAAUGAGCAACACGAUAAUGAUAGUAAGUCGUGCGUUCCCACUGGGAGCAUAACCCUUCCCAAUAAUUACGACAAAAGUAUUGAUAGUGGCCACUGCCAGGCGUGAACUACAUAACCACUCGCCAGCCUAACAUAAGCUGGCAGAUGGAAGUCCUAGACGCAUACUAUAACGGAACAUUCAACGUAACUCUCACACCACCCUCGGAAAACUCAACAUACCUCGAAUGCCCCGAGCUGCACUCUCAGAUCAUCCCCAAUGCCUUCUUGCGUAUUGGACCCCAGUCCCGGAACAACGUCACGAGGGAUGUGUACGGCGAUGAAAAUAGCUUCUACUUCCACUUCGGACGCACGCUGCGCGACGCGAAGUGCCCACUAACCGCGAACAAGGCGUUCGUGAACUUCGAAUCGAGCAAUGACGAGCUGCACAAGAGCCAAGGUUGGAAACUGCAACAGACGAAGAUCAACGGCAACGAAUUUGAACUGCAAGGCGAAUUCCUCAGUACCGUCGCGCAGUACAACAACUAUUGGAAUUAUGUUGUAAACAACACAGGGACAGACCAAGGAUAUCCAUUGGGUUGUCCGCAUCAGUUCUCCAUGACGACCUUGUCAGCGAAAGUGAAACCCAGAAUGUCUGCUUCCGUUUCUGUGGAGGAGGCGAGGAUGGAGUUUUCAUUUAUGGACUCGAACAAUGGGUACCUCAUCAGUGGAUCCUUCCAAGGCAAGCAUUGGACGGAAGGCCCGAAGAUCCUGUUCGAUAAGGAAACCAUCCAGACCGAAGGAGAAGUACCGCAUGUGAAGCCUCGUGCACCAGAGAAGAGCUGGUGGGACAAGUACGGAAAAUACAUCAUUAUUGGAGGCUGUAUCCUUGGUAUAUUGGUGCUCGUGUACAUUCUCUGGCAUUUCUUCACCUGUCUAUUUGCUUGCUUGCAGUGCAUCUUCUGCUGCAGUUGCUGCAAAGGAAAUGGCCGUGCGGCGAGAAAGGCACGGAAACAGCAGGAGAAAGAAAAGGACCUCGAAGUUGGGUCUUCUCUUGCCUAUAAGCACCCCAGGUCGGUUGUCACACCCGUCUUGGAACAAGACGAUAGAUACGCCGCAGCGACGACCAACAUCUCUUACCAAGUAACUCCAGUGGUGGCAGAGAGCUAUGCAGUUUCCAACGGGUUAGGGCAUGUGGAAAUCGUGAAUGCCCAGGAGGAGUUGCACAAGGCACAUAUUGACAUGCGCAAUGCAAGGCUAAGAAGUGACCAAGAUGGAAUCAUGUUUGCCCAGACUAUGAUAGAGCAUUGGACUAGUGUCAUAGAGCACUUGAUGGAAGCUAGGAGGGCCCGGUUCUGAACAAGCAUUUGUGUGACUUGAAGAGACAAUUGGUUAUAUUAUUGCCUUCCCUAGAUCUACUUGGGACAAGAGUGAGAAGGUUGCAU